GUGAGGCGGCGCGGCCGGCGGCCGCCGCGUGCGCGAGCCGGGCGCAGCAGCAGGGACUUUCCAGCCGGCGCGGCGGCGGCCGCCGCUUCCCCGCCCCCGCCAUGGGGCCGCCCGGGGAGCGGGACGCUGCGGACGGCGGCGGAGGACGCGCCCGGCGCCCCUGAGCGGCCGCGCGGCGCGGAGCGGGAUGAGGAAACUGAGGCCCAAAGAAGUUAUCCCUUUUGGUUAAAGCCCCACAGCAGGCCAGAGCCAGAUCUGGGAUCAGGAACCUGGCUCCUGGCGUCCUGCUCUCCUGAGGAUCACUUUUCUGCAGACGAGGAAGGGCUCCAGUGUCUGCCCAAAGAAGGGAGGUGGCCGGCCACACGCCCCUCUGCUAACACCUUCCUCUCCGUCGACUUCGGUAGAUCUCCUGACAGCGUAUGACACACAGGACCCCGCUUUCCUGAGAUGGAGCCAGGGAAAAAGAUGGACUCAGCCAGUGCGCUGCAGGCCAACCCACCCCUGAAGCUGCAGUCUGACCGCGGGGCAGGCUCCGUGUUUGUCCCCGAGCAGGGCGGCUACAAGGAGAAGUUUGUGAAGGCCGUGGAGGACAAGUACAAGUGUGAGAAGUGCCGCCUGGUACUGUGCAGCCCGAAGCAGACCGAGUGUGGGCACCGCUUCUGCGAGACCUGCAUGGCCGCCCUGCUCAGCUCUCCGAGUCCCAAGUGCACAGCGUGUCAAGAAAGCAUCAUCAAAGACAAGGUGUUUAAGGAUAACUGCUGCAAGAGAGAGAUCCUGGCGCUGCAGAUCUACUGUCGCAACGAAGCCAGGGGCUGUGCAGAGCAGCUGACGCUCGGGCACCUGCUGGUGCAUCUGAAGAAUGACUGCCAGUUUGAGGAGCUUCCCUGCAUGCGUGCCGACUGCAAGGAGAGGGUGCUGCGGAGAGACCUGCGCGACCACGUGGAAAAAGCCUGCAAGUACCGCGAGGCCACGUGCUCUCACUGCAAGAGCCAAGUCCCGAUGAUCACCCUGCAGAAACACGAAGACACCGAGUGUCCCUGUGUGGUGGUGUCCUGUCCUCACAAGUGCAGCGUCCAGACUCUCCUGAGGAGCGAGUUGAGUGCCCACUUGUCAGAGUGUGUCAAUGCCCCCAGCACCUGUAGUUUUAAGCGCUAUGGCUGCGUUUUUCAGGGGACGAACCAGCAGAUCAAGGCUCACGAGGCCAGCUCGGCGGUGCAGCACGUGAACCUGCUAAAGGAGUGGAGCAACUCGCUGGAGAAGAAGGUUUCCUUGCUGCAGAAUGAAAGUGUGGAGAAAAACAAAAGCAUACAGAGCCUGCACAACCAGAUCUGCAGCUUCGAGAUCGAAAUCGAGAGGCAGAAGGAGAUGCUGCGGAACAACGAGUCCAAAAUCCUUCACUUGCAGCGAGUCAUAGACAGCCAGGCAGAGAAGCUGAAGGAGCUGGACAAGGAGAUCCGCCCCUUCCGGCAGAACUGGGAGGAGGCGGACAGCGUGAAGAGCAGCGUGGAGUCCCUGCAGAACCGCGUGACCGAGCUGGAGAGUGUGGACAAGAGUGCGGGGCAGGCGGCGCGGAACACAGGCCUGCUGGAGUCCCAGUUGAGCCGGCACGACCAGAUGCUGAGCGUCCAUGACAUCCGCCUGGCCGACAUGGACCUGCGCUUCCAGGUGCUGGAGACGGCCAGCUACAACGGCGUGCUCAUCUGGAAGAUCCGCGACUACAAGCGCCGGAAGCAGGAGGCUGUCAUGGGGAAGACCCUGUCCCUGUAUAGCCAGCCCUUCUACACAGGCUACUUCGGCUACAAGAUGUGUGCCAGGGUCUACCUGAACGGGGACGGGAUGGGGAAGGGGACGCACUUGUCGCUGUUCUUUGUCAUCAUGCGUGGUGAGUACGACGCUCUGCUGCCCUGGCCAUUCAAGCAGAAGGUGACGCUCAUGCUGAUGGAUCAGGGCUCCUCCCGGCGCCACUUGGGAGACGCCUUCAAGCCGGACCCCAACAGCAGCAGCUUCAAGAAGCCCACUGGGGAGAUGAACAUCGCCUCCGGCUGCCCGGUCUUUGUGGCUCAGACUGUGCUGGAAAACGGGACGUACAUUAAAGAUGAUACCAUUUUUAUUAAAGUCAUAGUGGAUACUUCGGAUCUGCCCGACCCCUGAGCAGCCACGGGCAGCGGCGUCAGCAGAAGGUAACUCCUCGGGGGUGGAGCCGGUCUGUCUUCACUGAGGUCCUGAGUGCGGCGGAGCAGCCACGGCCGGCCGGGCGGGGGAGCCCGGAGACACCGGCCCCUCCUCCCGUAGACUAGCCGCCUUCACGCCGAAGAAUUAUUUAUCCUUUGACAAGAUAAAUAUUGCCGUCAGAGAAGUUUUCCAUUUUCGUUUUUAAAGAUCUAGUUAAUCAAGGUGGAAAACACAUAUGCUAAGUAAAAGAACCAUGAUUUUCCUCCUUAACCUGAACACCAGACCCAGGACACACACGGGCCGGCUGGACAGAGCAGCAUGCUGAGGACAAGGGUAGCUGGGAACACUAGCGCAGUUCUGAGUUUCAUUCUGCAACUCAAGUGCAGUCUUGUCCCAAAUACAGUGUAUUGUCUAUUUUUAAGGCCCCAUCUGGUCUCCAUUUUAAUGAUUUGUUUGUCAGAAGACCCUGAAGUGUAUCUAGGUCUUUUUUUGAAAGUAUCUAAAUUCAGAAAUCAUUUUUUAAUUUAAAGUUCUACAAAUAAUUGUUACUGCAGACAUUUUACUUUCAAACAUUGACAGACUGAUACUUCUUGGAAGAAAAUGUAAACUAUCAACACUGGUUAUCACUUGUGAUAGGAAAGAGAAUUCAGCUUGAUGUUAUUUCUCGUUAGAAAUGUAAACCUUCGAUCUCUGUCGUAGUUCCUGACACUACUUCAAAUUUAUUACGAGAGGAACAUUGCUCAUGGAUGCUGUGCAUCAUUUUCAGGUUUAUAAUUGUUUUCACCCUAAAAUAGGGCAUUAGUUGAACUUUGGAGUUCUAAACAGAAUCCUGUAGGUUUUUAAAAUUCUGCCCCAUGUCCAGACAAGCUCUCCACGCUGACAGCAGCGACACCUCCCCGCCUGCCCACCCACUUGCGUCCGUCCAUCUGUCUGUCCGGCGGGGUGGAUGCCGCGCUUCGGGGGCUGGCGGAAGCGUCUCCAUCUGUCCCGCUACUGUGCACCGGUGCAGUCCCCGGAAGUGACGUCCUUGCAUAGGGAAGGUGGCAUACGGUACUCGUGCCUUAGACGUGACAUGCUGCUGCUGCUGCUUGACCCUGGAUUUGCUUGUGACGGGGUAUCCUGGGAAGUGCUAGUUGAACCAGACCUUGUUCUCUCCCCGCAGCUAGAAUUGUGUCUCCGAGGCCCUCACACAGCUCCGCCCCUGCCUGGGGAGGCCAGACUCCAUCGGCAGCUUCCGGAGCCCUCGGCUUCAUCAUGCAGAUUCCAAACUCCAGGCCCCAGAGCCACUUGGGCCCCCCACCCCCAGGGAGGCAGGUGCAGAGCGAAAGCUGCGUGACCCCACAUACCCACAUCCCCAUCUGGCCCUGGGUGCCCACAGCUCAGAGCAGAGCCCUCUGAGCAUCCCAGAGACCGCUGCCGGAAGCCCCGUCCAGCUGGUCUGAGGGCGCCCGCAACCACCAGCUGGUGGGAGCGGCGGCCAGGCCAUCUCCCCAAGCACCCGCUGCUCACCCGCCCCUUGGCACUCAGCACUGUUUACCGUCUCGAGCCCAACUGUGAUCGGAAGCCUGGAGCCCCGCCUGUGCCCCUUUUGCUAUGCACCACGCUUCUCGGUGCUCUUACACUGAUGGGUGCUACACGCGAUGGGUGCUUCUUAGGCAAAACCAGUGUGUGCGAACCACAUCCGUGCCGCCCGCCCAAAGGCGCACCCACGACCGGCCAGCUGGGCGCGGCCAGACUGCCUGCCUCUCGGCUGCCCGUGGUCGCGUGGGGUCCGCCGGGCUAUUCCCGGUGGCCCUGUCUCUGGUGCUGUCCUCUGUCCUGGGUGUGCCUUCGCCCCAGUGCCUGCUGGACGUGCCCUCCCCUGCACUCCUGGCCCCAAGCUUCCAUGCACCUCCCACCCCUCCGUGUUGCACGGCUCUGCACCCCAUCUGCUGCUCCCCUCUGCGUUCUGGGCUCCUUGGGCUUGGCCAGCAUCCUUGGUUCUGAUUCUGGAGAAGAAAGGACUUGCCUAGAAAGCUGGCCCCUUAAGUGCCCCAGCCCCCUGGCUAAACCCCCACAGUUGCCGGCGGUCUCCUCCCCUCCCGGUGCCAGUGAGACCCCACUCAGGACCAGCAGGUUUGGGGUGUGGGUUCCAGGGCUGUGCAAGAGUGCCCCUUCCUGCCGAGCCCUGGAAUCCCACUCCCUGGGGGGUACUGGACCCACCGGCCGCGCCCUGCAUCCCCGAGUAUGACUGGAGUGAUCCUACUGCCCCUGGGUGAGGCCGGCGUGGCGUGGCCGCUGCCUCAGUGAGUGGUGCUGGAGAGAGGGUUGGCGUGCUCGCAGGACCCGCAGGGACUCCAUCCCAGGUGGCGUGGCGGUGUCCUGCUCGGGUGCCCCGCACCCCCCUCGGUGCUCGUGCCCGACAGCCUCAGCUGCACAUGCCACAUGGCCAGCGCCCGGCUGCCCCAACCUCAGUUCCCAGUGUCCCAGCUCAGGAGCACGGGCGGCCCUGUGCUCCUAGUGUGUGUCCAGCGUGUGCUGCUUAGUUAACCAAAAGUGAUGACAUUCCCAGGGCACAGCCGUCCUGCCCUUCAGAGAAACCCACACUGAGUCCCUUGCGUUGCAGCUUGUGCAGGGCAGCGGCGUCCUGUGUCUGUGACACUGUCACUGUGGCCACCCCUGCUGCAGGGGUAAGGUGCUGCUAGGCCCAGCCGGGCGACACACAGGCCGGAGCCUGGGCCUCUGGUUCUGGGCUUCCAAGGGGGACGUGAGAGGCACCGUCAGAGGCCGGGUUGUGGUGAAAGGGUGGUGGUGGGGUCAGGGUUCGGGCACUGGGAGCACAGUCCACACUGAGGAGCCAGGCUGCCAUGUCCCCAGCCCCACGGGUGAUGCCCCCGAGGCCCGACAGGAGCACAUGUCACCACAAGGCCACCGCGCCACCCCCACUGUCUUGGGAGCCUGGUGGGCUAGAUUCACAGCAGUCACUUGCUGGGCCAUGGCUGGGGGCCAUCGAGAAGCCGUGUCCUGGUCCCCUCCCCCCCAAGGAGCAGAGCAGCCCCUGACCUCAUGGUGCCCUCUGUGUCCCAAGGCUCUGUGGCUCCUGGCGCCCACUUGGCUGGUUAGUGGGUGUGUUCCCACCUCCUUUCUCUCCACUCGGUCCCGUUUCCUCCUCACCCUGUGAUCCCUGGGAGCUGUGGGUUACCGUGCCGUGGCUUCCCCUGACCACACGUGGCUGGCCUUGUCUGCAGGUUCGAUCCUGUGGGGUCCAUCUGGCCCACCCUGGCGGGGACUGUGUCCUGGGGGAUGCCACCCCCUUGCUGGAGGGCUCCAGAAGUCAGCAUGGCUGCCUGGGGGCUACACAGCUGGUGGUUACUGCCCUUGGUGCCCCACAGAGCAGGGCUUCCCAAGGGGUCCCUUGUGACAGCCCUGGGAGACCAGUGGCCACCCGAUGCCCAUCCCUAUGCCAGCCCCUUGCACUUCCCUUGCCCACUGUCCACUGCCACAAACUGCGGGGUGGUCACUGCAGGCCUGGCUGAGACAUUCCAACACGUAGGGUUGUCUGGAUCACUUCGGGGUUGCUCAGAGCACAGACUCCUGGGGGACCCCUCGCUGCACCGACCCGUCUCCCUGCCUGAGGUCAUGAGCACAGCGGGAAGGGCCCAGCUGGGUCUGGGAUGCUAUUUUUUUAUGUUUGGUGCAGAUCUUUGUGGAUUAGGCUGUGGGAGAAUGGGGGCUCAAGGAGGCAGUCAUGACAAGUGAGGGUUGCCCACCGGGCCCCCUUCUCAGUCCCCCACCAUGUUCUGUCUUCUGUUUGCAAAUCUCCAUAACCGUUUACUCCAAAGUCCAGUGUGUCCUGUGGGCCUGGGUCAGGCGAGCUUGGUGCCAGCAGGUGACCUGGUCACCAUGCUGGCCUUGUCGAGGCUGGUGCUGGCUGCCAGACACCAUGGCAGCCAGGUCAAUGGGGCGCAAGGGCUUCCCGCAGGUGAGGCCAGUGCGGUACCUGGCGUCACCGGGGCAUCACCUAGGUGUGUGACGAGCUGCCCCUCCCCCGCUGCACCUGUGCCAGUGCUGCAGACCAGGGAAGGUCCAGGGCCCGGCUCUACCCCUUUAGCUAGUGCACCUGGCUCUCCAGCUCGGUCCCCUUAGACACACAGGACGACCUCCCGUCGAAACUCAGCGACUCAAUUGGAAAACACAAAAGCCGCCCUUAUUUCAGGAUUUCUCAGAUCUUGAGGAGAAACCUCCAUGACCAAGGAAGUGUCCGGUGGACGUAGGCGGCUAAGACCGGUUCUAGAUUUGCAUUCUUUCCCAGGUGGUCCGUUCGCCUCUUGUGUUCAGUUCUAUACCCAAAAACAAAGACCAAAGAAGGCCAGUCUCUCGGAACCUGACUUUCACAAAUGGCUGUGUGUGGUGCCCACACGGUGCGGCCCACCUUGACUCCAAGUGAUGGUGACCAGUAGUGGCCUCCUGUGCCCAGCUCUUCUGAGACAGCAGUGUGAGUUAUUGCCCAGCAAUAACGGCGGCGUCCUGGGGGAGGCAACGUGUCUGACUCUGAUAGCAUUAUUCCGUUUCUGUUAACUGUGCAUCGUGUGUGGUUUUAUUUGGUAUUUAUUUGUGUUUUGAGGUCUUGCGAUGGUUUUGUGUUUCUGAUGCUAAUAACUAACGUUUGUAAGAUUGUAGAAUGCGAAACUUGGAAAUGCUAAACUGUCUUAUUAGAGAAAAAUAAAUCUGAUUAAGAGUC